AGUGUAAGAAAAUGCCCGAUCAGUGCAGUUGAUAAAUGGAGGAUCUGUGUUUGUCAAGGUAGUUUUGUUUACGCGAUAUAUUUCACUCGGAAUCAACUCCCCGUGCGUUUCGUGUGUGUUAAGAGGUAGAUGAAGGAUUUAGGAUGUCCCGCAAUCACAAGGAUAAGUAUGAGAAUGCUAACCCACGCCGGACACAUACUAUCAUGUCCACCGAGGACGCAAACUCCGGAAAGAAAUCUUAUUGGCCGGAGUUGGAGAUAACAGGCAGCAUCAGGAAUCUCAGCCCAAAUGUAUGGCAGCUGACCCACCUUACAGCUCUAUAUCUUAACGACAAUAGCCUACAGAGGAUACCGGCUGAGAUAGCUCGCCUUGCUAGCUUGCGGCUCUUGGAUUUAAGCAGUAAUAAACUACGUAGCCUGCCUGCCGAAUUAGGGGAUCUCAUUUACCUCAGGGAGUUGUUAUUGAACCAAAACUACCUUCGCGUGUUACCGUACGAACUCGGGAAGUUGUUCCAGUUGCAAGUGCUCGGUCUACAUGGUAAUCCAUUGAAUAAGGAGGUGCUGGCACUCUAUGGGGAACCAUCUGGAACUCACAAGCUGCUCUCUUACAUGCUGGACAACUUACAAGUAACGGCGAACAUCCCACCGCAAAGGCCAUGGAUCCCCUUGACGAGGCCCAACAGGACUAGACCAACCUGUAUAUUCACCGUAAUGUGUUACAACGUGUUGUGUGACAAAUAUGCUACAAGGCAGAUGUACGGUUACUGUCCAAGCUGGGCACUGGAUUGGGAAUAUCGGAAAAAAGGGAUACUCGACGAGAUACGUCACUACGCCGCGGAUAUCAUAAGCCUCCAGGAGGUAGAAACCGACCAAUUCUACAACUUCUUUCUACCGGAAUUGAAGCACGACGGUUACGACGGAAUAUUCUCCCCGAAAUCUCGUGCCAAAACCAUGGCGGAAAACGACCGAAAAUACGUAGACGGAUGCGCAAUAUUUUUUCGAACAGCCAAAUUCGUGCUAAUAAAAGAACAUUUAGUGGAAUUCAAUCAGUUGGCAAUGGCGAAUGCUGAAGGUUCGGACAACAUGCUGAACCGUGUAAUGCCCAAGGAUAACAUCGGGCUGGCAGCCCUUCUGAGGACGAAAGAAGCGGCAUGGGAUAACGGUGUACCUUCAGAUCCGGCACAAAUACAGCAGCCAAUAUUAGUUUGCACAGCGCAUAUUCACUGGGAUCCAGAGUUCUGCGAUGUCAAGCUGAUCCAAACUAUGAUGCUGAGUAAUGAAUUACGGUCAAUCUUAGAUCAAACUGGCCAAUCAUUCAGACCUGGACAUAAGCCUGAUUCAUCUAACGUUCAACUACUACUUUGUGGGGAUUUUAAUUCUCUUCCAGACUCAGGAGUUAUAGAGUUUUUAACAUCGGGACGUGUCCCCUCAGACCAUCGAGACUUUAAAGAACUUGCCUACAAAUCAUGUCUCCAGAAAAUUUCCGGUUGCGAUAAACCGAACGAAUUUACACACUCAUUUAAACUCGCAUCUGCUUAUAGCGAGGACAUCAUGCCUUACACAAAUUACACGUUCGACUUCAAAGGAAUUAUAGAUUACAUUUUUUACUCGAAGCAAAGCAUGGUACCGCUCGGACUUCUUGGUCCACUAAGUGCAGAUUGGUUUAGGGAACACAAAGUAGUAGGAUGCCCUCAUCCCCAUGUACCCUCUGACCACUUCCCACUACUGGUGGAGCUAGAAAUGACUCCAACGGUAGGAACCAGCAAUGGUUUGAUCUCACGCAGGUAGCAGCUGCUACGAACUAGGCCCAAGUAACAACUAUGAAAAGUGAAUAAUAUUGAUAAUAAUAAUAAUAUUGAAAUCCCCAUCGCUCCUUCUCUUACAUUCUGGCUCUAGCAAUACAACUUACAGUUGACAACUAUCUACUUUUACAAUUUAUAGUAAAUAUGAAAAAAUACUCCAUAUUGCUGCACAUUCAAACCAACGUCGAUGAAUAAUUUAUAUAGAGACUAGGCUUACGGAGCCAUGUUGUAAUGCGUUUAGCCCAUGUAUAGUGCAUUGCAUUUUUAAGAAGUAACUUUCCCUUAUUAAGAAUAUUGUAAUGUCUAUUGAUUAUCAUAAUAUGUAGAUACCUAUUUUCCUACAAAAAAAAGAUGUUGAAAAAAGUAAGUAUUCCGAUUAAACCUCUGUGAUAUUGACAAAAAAUAAUUGGAACAAUUUCACAUAUUUAUUAACGAGUUAGUAAUUGAUAGAAGAAACUCUAAUCUCUUUUUCUAAAUGUCAUUACAACAUUCUCCAUGCCGACUUUUUGAUAUGAAUGCUGCCAUCCAUUGAAAAAUUGUAUUUUUAAACAAAAGUUAAAAAAAAUAUGAAAACAUACACGCUAUACCGGGCUGUGCGAAGUGAUUGGAGUUGACUUAACAAUUUCAAUACAAGUACAAAUCUGUUCUUAUUGGCCACGUAUAUUGAUAAUGAUAAUUUUAUAAUAUAAGGAAGUAGGUAAUAUAAUAGUAUCAAGUGUAAUUGUAAGUACGAUUAUAUAAAGUAAUGAUGUUUACGUACCUACAAUGGUGUCGCGUAUUUCUGAAUUUCAGUUGAUAUUCAUUUGCCAACGAUCAUUGGGUUCCACUAAUUAUUGUAUAGCAUGCUGUUUACUGUGUGUACGUUGAUUAUUCAGUUGCGUCUCAGGUAUCCCAAUAUAUAUAUGUUAUAUACAUGUAUGUAUAUAUAUCAAGGGAGGCAGAAACCAGACACUCUGUAGCUUUUUGAAUCGUAAAAUAUUUCUUCACAACAGUUUAGGUACUAUUUCAGACUUUAAUAUUUUCUACUAAUACUAUUAACAGCGGUGUACUUUUAGCCCUAGUAAUGGUGAUGGUGAAUGAAUUUACCAUAAAAAUCUCAUUUAUGUUAGGUUUAGAGAAAUCAAUGCCUGUGUAUUUAUUAUGUGUUCUGUCGAUUGUAUUUUUCGUUUACAUUCUUCAGGCGACAGAAAAAUGGUCUUGUAUAUUACAUCAAUCUGAAAAUAACAUCUCUUUGCUAAACUACAGGUUGCAUAAGUCUGCUUGUUAGAAAUGCAGUGUGCUAUAAUCACUUCAGCCAACAUUGGCUACCUUAUCAACUUCACUUUUACAAAGUAAAUAACACCCGACUUAAGUUUUCGAAUGUAAUCAAUCAAAGUCAAUUAAACACAUUGGAAUGAAGUCAAACCAAAUCAAUAUGUUACGCUAUUCAAUUGGGUUGUAUUUCAAAAACAAUUGUAAGUAUGUCAGAAGUAUAUCUAAUAAGUCUAUUUAUGAAUAACAUCGAUGAUCGCGUCAACUUGCUGAAGUACAAUAUCACCCUGUAGUUCUUAAUCACAGAGACACAAUGUUAAAGCUAUGUCAGUAACUUGAACUUCACUUACUACUUGUACUUUUCUUCUACACCUUGGCUGUUAGCGAUAUUCUGUGUAGACACACAUCAUAAUCUUUUUUUGUGCCUAGUACCAAAUCAUGUACUCGGUCUUAGUUGUAUCCAUAGUCCUGCAUGAGUGAAAAUGUUUCAUUUGAUACAUUUUUUGAUGACUUGGGCUCAAAAUCUUAAAAAAAAUACUAAAUUCUUCCAUAUUAGAAAAAGGUUGACACUGUUACUGCGCUAAACUUUUUGUACGUGUUGGAAUAAAAAAAGGAAUAAGGUUUGAGGUCGGGGAAUAAAUUUGAUACCUGCAAUCGUUGAGUGCACGUUGUAGAAGGAAUAUUGGUAAAUUGUAUAAAUUCGAUACUGUAGAUGCGUUGUAAUUUAAUGCAAAUCACAUGCAUAUAUUUCCUCAACGGGCAUAAGAACAAAAAAGCUAUCGUUAAGUUAUAUAACUUAUACUAGAGUGGACAUUGUGCAUAAUUUGCACUUAAAAAUAAUAAUAUUGUCCAUGGAUUGAUUGAAAAAAAUCUAAAACUCUAUAAAUAUUUGGAGUAGGAUAUUGAAUAUAGUUCUGUCCACACCAUAAUUGUAGUAAAUGUUGUAUAAAGUAGGUAAUUGCAUUAUAGUUUUCAUAACAAGAUACGGUUGACACUCUGUAUUGAUAUAUUAAUUCGUUAAGUGUGUGAUGAACAAAGAAAAGAAGAAACCAUUUUCUCUUCGGUGGACUUGAUUACUAUUCGACAUAUAUUAGUCAGUGCUAAUUCAAUUCAGUAUAUCCCAUGUUUACCGCGGUUGCAUUCAAAUUGUACAUCAAAUUACGUUUCGCACACUAUAAGAAUAUUCAUCAUUAGUCUCGUAUCCCAAACAAUGGAAAUGGAAAGUGAUUUACAUUAGUCGCUGAGAAAUCACACCUUCUCCUGUAUGUGUUUGUACAGUUUCUGUGUAUGUCCUUCUUUGUCUUGUUUCCGGCUAAACGUCUGCAUUCUACUGAUACUUAUUACAAUUGCCGAUCCUUUUUUCUUUCAGCUAACACCCUUAUUCUGUUCUGUACGAAAAGGCCUAAACUUUUUCUAGCAUAAUUUAAAAUCAUAAGUUCUCGUGUUGCUGGAUUCAUCGAGCCCCUUUUGAAACGUGACAUUUCUCAAUGCAUUCUAUAGGUAACAACAAGUAUUUCUUUUUCGUGAGUCACUUUAUUAUUGUUUUCUCAAAUGUAAAAAUUUACUAUAUGCUAUACUGACUUAAGAAGUACGUAUUAUAAAACAAUUUGCUCUCGACCAUUUGGAGUAAAAGUAACUUCUUUAUAUAUUUCUGAUUAGUCUUGAGAUUAUGAUGAUUGCAAUCAACGCAAUGUGGUUGUAGAAUUUUAGCACGGUGUUGUUGUAUUGAGAGCGUUAGGUGAAUACUGACGCACAACUAAUGUAUUAUUUCUAUUCUAUCGAGUUUGUUCUAUCCCAAGUUAUUUUAAUACAUGCUAUAUUACAGUAAAUAGGUAGAAUAUUAUUAAUAUAGAAAAACCAGUGCUUUGAAGGUCGAGUAAUCCUUACCGUUUCUCAGAAUAUAGUAAGUCAUGCUUACCUACAGACCGUUCAAUUUUUGGUUCCUCAAGAGUUUUGCAAAUGCGCAUUAUGCCCCUGACAUUAUGAGAACCAAAUAAUUCUCAACAUUGUGAUGUAAGAAUGAUAAAAAACUUGUAUGAAUUAAUAAUUAGACAAUUGAUUCUGACUUUUCAUUUACUAAAUCAUUAAAAUUAAACUUAUCACAAAUAUAACUAUAUAAUAGUAAGGUACGAAAUUUUAGAUGGGGUUUGACGAAUUGUAAAGAAAAAAUUUAUGUAUAAAAAUCAAUGUAUGUUUGCGCGGUAUGUGGUUCAGUGUGAUUUUGUACAAACGACUGGAUUACAAAAUUAUUAAAUGUACAAUGCUGUCAUGAAUGAUGUAUCACCUAUGCCAAGCUUAUGAAACCUAAUAUAUAUAAAAUAUCAUUAAUAUUGGAUUAUCCUUACGUAAGUAAGUUUACUAAGUACCUUUUAAUCUCUAUAAUAAUGGGAUUACAUUCGAACAAACUUAAAAAAUAUGGUUUAAUGCCACCAAUAAUAAUAUGGACAAAUAUGUGACAAAUCAUCCUCCCUCACUAGAAGAACGAAAUCUCCUAAAAGAACCUGUAGUUUAGCAUCUAUUGUAUCAGUUGAAAAGAACUAUUUCAUCACGGUAAAAUUCAAAAAAUUAUCAUGAACUGAGUCAUCUAGAUUACUGGGAACAGUUAGAUCAUAACUACCAAUCCUUGUUGCUGCAAACAUCUCUCCAUAUAUGCAAAUUCAAUCAUGGGCACUCAACAUCAUUCCAUAAUCUACAAUCAGACACGCUCAAAAUCAUAAAUAAGUAAAUGAACAAAUCAAUAAAUGAAUUAGUUCUGAUGUAAUCCCUACAUAUUGAGAUAUGAAAAACAACGUUUGAAAAAAUGAAAUGAGACAAAUUGAAAACGUCGACCAUGGCAUCUUAUUAUGUAUACAUAUUGUAAAGAAUGCGUUUUUGACUGAAAUUUUUUCAAUAUAUCAUUUACUAUAAGCUGCAGGUAUUAUAAGCACACUAAUUGAUUUGUAACAAAGGUCCCGAUCGUCACGAAUUAUAUUUUCAUUAUCAUAUCCUGAGGUGAAAUCUCAAUCAGGUAUGGAAAGAAAAAAUAAUUGGACUAUAUAAUGUGAUUCUUUAAGAUACGCUAUGAUAUUCAUUGGCAACAAUUCUAUUCAUUCCAAAAUCCGUGAUCACGUAUUUCUGAUAUGAAAAAAAUAAUAAAAAAAACUAUCCGCUCAAAAUAACUUUUCCAAGUUUACCCAAUGCUGUAACACGAGAUUGUAAAAAUGGAAAUGAAAUUUGCAUAACUAUUUAUAGUGAUAAGCUGAAAGCAAUAUAACAUAACAACUUCACUUUAUCUAUAAGGUCAAAUGUAAGGUACGAACUACAUAGGAUGAACUUUAAAUUAAUUUUUCCAACAGCAAACAACAUCCAAAAAUAUUGAACUCAGAUAUAGUUGAAUUGAGAGAUAUUCAAUGAGCGCAUUUAGUGAAACAUGUAUAGAGUUGACUAUUAUAAAAUUUUUACUUUGAAUUGAGAAGCUGCAAAUUCACAUUCACAAAUGGUAUUCCUGAUGUUCAAUCAUCCAUGAUUCAAAGUUGAAAAAAUUUGUUAUUCCUAAAGAUGAACUCAUCAGCGUUAUGAAGGUGUGAAGUUUUUGUCGGAAAUAGUUAGCUAUAAAUCCAAACGAUAUCAUUUGAAAAAUCAUUGUCAGAAAUCAUAUUAUCUUACAAAUACUAGGAUAACGCUUUUUCAAUGAAUACUUUGAAUAGCUAUGGUGAUUGCGUUGAGUAACCAUACAUUCAAUGUUAAUUGUAAGCAUUUAUUUAAUAGAAACGUAAUUUGCCACCACUCAGUGACGGUCGAUGGUAUAUAUAGUAGUUAUGCCAUAAAAUUAUAUUUGGUCACUCUUAUUCAAUCAAGUACAGAACAUCUUUAGUAUAGACAAAGAUAAUUCCUGUAUCUUUCUAUUUCUAUCGGAAUAUACAACUGAACUAAUUACAAUUUAUUUCUCUACAUGGGCGUAGCAAUUGUUAGAAAUGAUAAUUCUGUCAAAUUAUCUGUUGCAAUUAUUGUAAAAAAAUGACAAAUUAGAUUAAUUCUGCAUACGUACAUACUUGUGCGCUUGACAAUUAAUUAUAUUAAACCCGCGGCUGUCGACUGAUCCGCAGGUAGCAGUUUUUUGCUAUCUAUCAGGAUGAGCCAACCAGCCUGUAGCUAACAAAGCCAUAUCCAUAUGGCUAUGGCUCUUUGACCACAGCAAAAAUGUGGUUUUGUUAGUCUUAUCAUAGAUCUUAUCAUUGAGUAGAUAUUUACAUUUGAUUGAUUAUUUAGUUGUUUCAAUUCUGAAAGUGAUAUCUUACAACUAAUGAAUUUCAUAUUGGUCGUAAAAGUUACUCCUAAACCUUGCUGCCCAUCUUAGUCUUUACAGUUUAUUUCAAUAGCUAAGUCGAUUUUGGAGCUCAAUAUCUUCAAAACUAUGAUUUAUCUACAUGUUCAAAUACAAUUUGUCAUUAGUCUUACAACCAGGUUUUGAUCCAGUUGUGGAUAGAGACAUAGUUUCGAAUUUUUCAUAGCUACAAACAUUUUUGGCAUCAUAUUCAAAUCACUAUAUUGUACAAAAGUGAGAAAUCUAAUUUGUUGAUCAGGUCUCAUCAUAGCAUUGUAUUUGUUUAAAUCAUGAGUAAACGCAUUAUUGAUAUUACUCAAUUGCAGUUAUUAUACUUGGCUUUAAUCAUUUGAUUGAUUUGUGAUGUAUUCUAUUCGCCAUUCUAUCAUCUAUCAUUGCAUAAACAUAAUUGAAUGAGAACAGCAUUUAGACGCAAACACCAAUUAGAUACAUAGAAAUUAAAGUUAUCUAUUAGCAUGUGUGAUCAGUUGUCAACACCUUCUGAGAUAUUGAUAUCCAUAUAUGCUUUGAGAGAAAAGUAUCGUUAUUUUAUCGUUAUAAAUUCCGAACUGCACAGAAUUUAUACCCUAGCUUUUAUGAAUAAAAUAGAAUUCUAUCUUGCAAAAUGCAACCUCAUAACUAUGCGAGACCUGAUUGAAAAGUCAAGGAAAGUGUGUGCACAGGUGUGUAAAAAAAAGGAUGUGGGUGGCAAGACUAUGUAGAAUUAUAUUACGUUUGAAUGAUCUGUCGGUUUACACUAAAGUAGCCCUGUAUGUCUUUUGAUUUGAUAUCCAUUUUAGGGUGACUUGUACUUUGUUUUUUUAUUGAAAAUGCAAUCAUUACAUAUGGGCUGCGUUUGCAUUAAGAUCGAAUGUAAGAAGUAUCAGCUAAUAAAAGUAAAUGGAAAAUCUUCAA